AUGGCCAUACUGCCAGCGCUGAAGUCAGCAGAGGUCCAGAAGGAUGAUCUGAAGGCAUGCAGGCUGCAGUGGAUGUACUGCCGCAUCAUGCUGCUGACUGGCAGCCGCCCAAGCCUCCCAUUCACAGUGUCCACCUUCCAGGCGCAUGUAAACCAGGGAAAGCAGUGCAAGGCAAGGCUGGACAGCUGGGGUGAAUUCCCAUGCGCACACACAGGCGGCUGGACACCUGUGCCGAGCAUCUCUCUGGCUCUGCCAGACACAUACUGGGAUUGCCUGGGCAUAUCUGCGCACUUCAAGGCAGCCAUCAAGCGCGACCCUGCCUUUGCAGCCACAGAGCUGCCCGCCUUCACUGAGGUGGCUCUCAAGGAAGCGCGCAUGCAUGUCAGGUGCCACUACUGCCAGGAGCUGAACGGCGAGCUGAUGUUCUGUUCAAGGUGCCAUGUGGCCAAGUACUGCUCCAAGGACUGCCAGAAGAAGCACUGGAUCAGCGUGCACAAGCAGCUGUGCAUUGCAGCAGCAUCUUGA